CAUCCCACAAAUCAGCUUUUCCUUGCUCUGUGCUGGCCCCUUUUACCAUUAAUUAAAUGCAGUAUCAAAAGCAAGAAAUAUUGUUACACUUACUUCUCUACUGAUCCAAUGAAACCACAAUCAAUAUAGAACGCCUUUUUGGGGCUUUCAAUGUAGAACCCAUCAAUCAAUCAAUCAACUACUCGUUUUUUCUUUUUCAAUUUUUGGGUAUAUAUAUAUGAUGCUUUGUGGUGCAAUUAGGACAGAGAUACAGACGUGGAUACGUGAUUAUGACAGGAUUCAAUCAUUUGCAGUUAUAUUAAUCUAUAUUCAGAUUGGUUGUGCACUUAUUGGAUCUCUUGGCGCAUUAUAUAAUGGUGUUUCUUUAAUCAAUUUGGGUAUUGGGUUGUUUGCAUUGGUUGCUAUUGAGAGUAGUAGUCAGAGUCUUGGUAGAACUUAUGCUGUGCUUCUUUUCUCUGCGAUUUUGGUGGAUGUUUCUUGGUUCAUUCUUUUUGCAUCAGAAAUCUGGAAUAUUUCGUCUGGGAUUUAUGGAACCUUUGUUAUCUUCUCGGUGAAACUCACUCUCUCCAUGCAAAUUAUUGGGUUUUGUGUGAGAUUAUCAUCUUCACUAUUGUGGAUUCAAAUGUAUAGGUUGGGUGUUUCUCAUAUAGAGUGCGCAAUUCCCCGAGAAGCAGAUAGUGAUAUGAGAAACAGUUUUCUCAAUCCUGCAACUCCUAUAACUAGACAGCCAUCCAAUUCUGAUGAUGCUCUAGGUGGUUCUGUAUACGAUCCUGCAUAUUAUACGUCCUUGUUCGAAGACGGUAAAGACGAAAUGUAUUUUUGCAGGGGUAGUCAAAAUAAUGGCAGUGUGACGGGAUCACCUUCUACGGCGAAAACAAUUCAAUUUAAGCCAUCAAUGAGCAGAUCUAUCCGCAUCACCGACGACGACUGUGCUGCAAGAAGUCCCCAGCAUGUUUGAAUUUGGUUGUUUUACGAUGAGCAUUUUUGGAAACAUCCAUUCUCCAUUUUUUAUCUGGAGAUUUAGUUUGGUCACUCGAUUUCGCAGGUUUGUGUAUGGUAGUGAGUUCUGUACAGUAAUCAAAUGGUAGUAUUCUUUUCCAGGAUUAUACAAAUGAUAAACCUCAUGUUUUAGUUGUCCUGUAAAGAUAAUCAUGUAAGUUGUUCUGGCAAUGCAAUUUUAACCUUUCAAGUAACCUUCUUGAAGAUGUCUCAAUAUGAGGUUCAUCAAUUGAAGAUAGGUUUUGAAUUUUAUGGCAUUGGUAAUUGGCUUCUA